CCGACUGCAUUGCUGCUAAUCCCAAACUCCAUAGCUGCUAAUCCCAAACUCCAUAGCUAUUGGGACUGCGUUGAACCAUUGACUCUGCGCUAUCACGGGGAUCAGGGCCUGUUCCCGAGGAAGCAGUGUAUCCUUCGCGUCGGGCUCGUCAGAGUUGUGAAAGGAAAAAGAGGAUUCUACUUGUCCGUGGAUUUCAGGUCAAGUUCAAACCACAUGUACCUAUUUUAGAAAACUCAAAGGACUAUGCAUUUCAGGGAUGGAUGAAUAAAACCAGAACAAAAAUCUGCUCCUGUAACACAGUACUAUCAUACAAGGCCUAUCUUGAUAUGACAAUGGUGUGAAGUGGCCCUCAGGAAAGAAGAACACAAGUCCCUCAGGUGUCCCACUGUCCUCUUCAUCGCUCCAUGCCCCGCUAAGAAGACAACACAGUGUUCCACUUGUGGAAAGAAGAGUUUUGCACCCUCUUUUUGCUCUACCGUUUCUUUCUUGCCAUGGGGGGUGCAGUGAGUGCCGGGGAGGACAACAAUGAUCUGAUUGACAACCUGAAGGAGGCGCAGUACAUCCGUACAGGUCGCGUGGAGCAGGCCUUCAGGGCCAUAGACCGCGGGGACUACUACCUGGAUGGCUACAGGGACAAUGCCUAUAAGGACCUGGCGUGGAAGCAUGGCAACAUCCACCUUUCUGCCCCCUGUAUCUACUCUGAGGUGAUGGAGGCUCUGAAGCUCCAGCAGGGACUGUCCUUCCUCAAUCUGGGCAGUGGGACUGGAUACCUCAGCACCAUGGUGGGACUCAUAAUAGGUCCAUUUGGUGUGAACCAUGGAGUGGAGCUCCAUACGGAUGUGGUGGAAUACGCCAAGGAGAAACUAGAUGACUUCAUCAAGAAUAGUGACAGCUUUGAUAAGUUUGAGUUCUGUGAACCCAUCUUUGUGGUGGGCAACUGUCUGGAGAUCUCGUCAGACAGUCACCAAUACGACCGUAUCUACUGUGGUGCGGGGGUGCAGAAGGAUCAUGAAAAUUACAUGAAAAUCCUGCUCAAAGUUGGGGGUAUUCUAGUGAUGCCUAUAGAGGAUCAGCUGAUACAGAUCACCAGGACUGGUCAGUGUUCCUGGGAGAGUAAGAAUAUCCUGGCCGUGUCAUUCGCACCUCUGGUCCAGAAGAACAGAGCUGAGGGAAGCAAGCCUGAUGCUGUAGAGCUCCCCCCAGUGACAGUCAGGAGCCUUCAGGACCUGUCUCGCGUCUACAUCCGCCGCACCCUCCGAGAUCUGACCAAUGAAGAAUGUCCUGACAAAGGUCUGGUGCAGAGGGCGCCCCAGAAACGCAAGCGCAGGCGUUGCCGGCUGCGACGCAUUAACACGUACAUCUUUGUGGGUAACCAGCUGAUCCCCCAAGCCAUGGAGAGCGAGGAGGACGAACAGAUUGACCAGGAGCAGCACAAGGAGGACCAGGAGCAGCAAGAGGCGCAGGAGAAGAAGGAGCAGGAGGAGGAGAGAGACAUUGGCAGCGUUGAGAUACUAAAGGCAGUGAAUGUGCUGAGAGACAAAAUCAUGACUUUACCUCUGCCUGAAACGCUGAAGACCUAUCUGUUAUACUACAGAGGAAAAUGACUGACUGCUCAUCCUGCUGGCAUCCGUUCUCAUGGAUGCCAUGCCUGCUGAGAUGCUUUUCUUCAUUCUCCUGUUUUCUCUUUUUUCAGUACUGAAUGAUGUAGUAUUAUUUUUCUUCUUCAAUAUGAACAUGGAAUGGACACUGAGACUUCCUGGGUCGUCAUGGAUCAUUUUCUAUCGUUACUAUGAUAUGGUUAUGUUUGUUUUGAUGUUAUCGAUUGUCUUUUGAAUUUUUAUAUCAAAGAUUUAUUUAAAAUCCUACUGAAUGGAAAAUCCUUUUCAAAUAUGGUAUUUUGAGGAUGUAGAUUGUAUCACAAAUUGUCACGAAAUGAAAUUGUAUAAAAUAAAAUGCUACCUAUAUUUGUUAACAAUA